AUGGAAGAAGGAACGUAUGCGGGGCAACUGGGGACGCAAAAUCUAGAUAGUGUCGUAGAGACGGAUGAAACUAACUUUCUCCACGAACGGUUAUCCUCCAAAAUUAGUAAUGGGUUUGCUUCGAGUGCGUACUGGGGUGCCACCGGGGAGUUGCCGCCCCGGGAGCCGGAUGACGUGGCUGGGAAGAAGCCACAUUGCUUUGAAAUGGAACUCAAUCGCAAACUUGUACCCUUCCCUGAGGACAAGACUAGUCUUCCGCGGAUAUUGGAUUACUCACACGUUGGGCUUCAUCGACUAAGGGACGGCGCUGAGGAUCCUCCGAAGCUUAACGAGGCUCAGUUGCGGGCGUUGGAGGCUGGUGGAUCGGCCUCAGGGGAUAACACGUUAAAGAGAAGGGGGCUGCCUCUUUUGGAGAGGACAACCACACAAGGGCGUACCAUCGGUAAGGGGAUCUUAGGUCCUGAAGCACUGAACGCCCUUCGGGAAGGAAAUGCCAACAUAAGUGCAGCAGAAGCUAACCGUGAGCAACUAAAGAGCAAGCCCUUCACAUCUGCAGACCCCAAUGCCUACCGGCCGACUUCGUGGGACUACUGUGACAUGACCGGUAUUGAUCCAUCUUCUUACUGGGUUACCGCGCUUGAUCAAGAGAGCGUGGGGAUGCCUGCCGUCUACAAGAGUCGAUACAAUUUGGUCGAGAAAGAGGGGCCCGUGCGGCGGGAAAGAACUACAUUGAUGCUGGAACGGGGGAAGACUGUUGAUAAAAAGCAAUUGAGAGAUACCCUGGAUGGCAUUAAUGCUGAAGCAGUACCUCAAGGCUACAAAACUUGGUCAGCCGGUCACUGGAUGAGCACCACUCAUGAUGCCCAUGCCCCGUAUGACAUUGGAGGAGCUACGGAAAUCAAUAAGCGGAAUGCGACUGUGCCACUCCCCAGGACGUACCACACGCUCACGCCGGUGCACGAGGAGACCGUCUUGUCGCAGACGCAGCGGCACCUGAACAGGCACAAUGGUAAGUGGGCCACUGAAUACUCAGUGUCUUACAAGGACAGUUUUGAUGAAGCAGAGGUAAACAAGGCCUAUAGCAAGAGAAGUAUAUUUGAUAUCAGGGACGGCGCCUACACCAUGCACCCUUACGCUCAUCACCCUCGCGACGAUACGGCGACUGGGGAAAAUUAUACGCCUGCACAGAUUGUACCGGGCCAAUAUACUUCCAUUGCCAGGCAACCACUUCACGCACGUAAUGCUAUCAAAUAA